UUCGUUCCUAACACCUUUCAGACCGGAGAGGAAAAGGGGCGGGGAUGAGGAGGAAGGCAUUUUCAACCCCAGAGUGUUUCAGUGUGUGUUUGUGUGGGUCAAAAGUGUGGGUCUCCUGCUCGACUACAUUUUAUGGGAAAGUCAGUUUCCCACCAUUGUGUUCACAGCCGUUGCCAGACACUGACAGGGGCUUGUCGGCGGCUGUACUGAGCUGUGUGUGGUGGAGUUUUCUGCGUGCCGAUCAGACGCUGGUUUCUGAGAGCAGCACAGGAAGAGGCAGAGUUCAUAUCGUGUCGUAGCCUCUAAGCGAAAAGGAGACAGCUCUUUAAAAACCUGCAAGUGUCUGAGUGGCUUUCUGGACUAGUUUUGUCUCCUGCCUUGUGGCUGAGGAGUGUAGCUCAACAUCCCGCCUGUAAUUUUGAGCGUGACGGUUCCCGGCGUGGGCUAGCCAGUGGUGCUAGUGGCAGUGGUGAGCGACAGGGCUGCAUGCCAUGGGCUGUGUCUUCUCCCUGCCAGAGGACAGGAGAGAUGCUGCUGAGAGAACACUCACCACAAGAGAGACGAGUUUCAUUGAGAAGAUGAAGAAAACUGGCAAGAACAUCAUUGUGUUCUAUGGCUCUCAGACUGGCACAGCAGAGGAAUUUGCCAACAGACUGUCCAAAGAUGCUCAGCGCUACGGCAUGAAAGGAAUGGCUGCCGAUCCAGAGGAAUAUGAUAUGGGUGAACUGUCUCGUCUGUCUGAGAUCACAAACUCCCUUGCCAUAUUUUGUAUGGCCACCUACGGUGAAGGAGACCCAACAGACAACGCCCAGGACUUUUAUGACUGGCUGCAGGAAAAUGAUGAUGAAGACCUCUCUGGAUUAACCUACACUGUAUUUGCUUUGGGCAAUAAGACGUAUGAACACUACAACGCCAUGGGAAAAUAUGUCGACAAAAGGCUUGAAGAACUGGGAGCUAAGCGCAUCUUUGAUCUAGGUUUGGGAGAUGAUGAUGGAAAUCUGGAAGAGGACUUCAUUUCAUGGAGGGAGCAGUUCUGGCCCGCUGUCUGUGAGCACUUUGGAGUGGAAGCCUCGGGAGAUGAAUCAAGCAUACGGCAGUACGAGCUAAAGGAGCACUCUGACAUCAACAUGAACAAAGUGUACACGGGAGAAAUUGGCCGCCUAAAGAGUUUUGAAGUUCAGAAGCCGCCUUUUGAUUCGAAAAACCCCUUCCUGGCUCCUGUCACUGUUAACCGCAAACUCAACCGAGGUGGUGAUAGACAUCUUAUGCACCUUGAACUGGACAUAACAGGCUCUAAGAUCAGAUAUGAGUCAGGAGACCAUGUUGCCGUUUUCCCCACUAAUGACUCUGCUUUGGUGAACAAACUUGGACAGAUCCUUGGAGUGGACCUUGAUGUGGUUAUCUCUCUGAAUAACCUUGAUGAGGAGUCCAACAAGAAACACCCCUUCCCCUGCCCCACCACUUACCGUACUGCCCUGACGCACUACUUGGACAUCACACACCCCCCUCGCACCAACGUCCUCUAUGAGCUGGCUCAGUACGCCACCAACUCAAAAGACCAGGAGAAUAUGCGCAAGAUGGCGUCCUCCUCCCCUGAGGGCAAGGCUCUUUACCAGAGUUGGGUCUUGGACAGCUGUAGAAACAUCUUGGCCAUCCUGGAGGACAUGCCAUCUCUGAGGCCUCCUAUUGACCACCUGUGUGAGCUGCUGCCUCGCCUCCAAGCUCGCUAUUACUCCAUUGCGUCCUCCUCUAAGGUUCACCCCAACAGCAUCCACAUCUGCGCAGUGGUUGUGGAAUAUGAGACUAAGACUGGACGCAUCAACAAAGGAGUGGCUACCAACUGGCUGAAGAACAAGCUAGUCACUGAUAAUGGCCACAAGUCCACCGUUCCCAUGUACAUCCGCAAGUCUCAGUUCCGUCUGCCCUUCAAAGCCACAAACCCAGUGAUCAUGAUCGGCCCUGGGACAGGAAUCGCUCCCUUCAUGGGCUUCAUCCAGGAGAGGGGCUGGCUCAAAGAGCAGGGAAAAGAGGUUGGAGAGACAGUGUUGUAUUAUGGAUGCAGACAUAAGAAUGAGGAUUAUCUGUACCAGGAGGAACUGGAGGAAUCAGAGAAGAAUGGAGUUCUAACACAGCUUAAUAUCGCCUUCUCCAGAGACCAGGAGCAUAAGGUUUACGUUCAGCAUCUCCUGAAGCAAAACAAGGAAGACAUUUGGAAGCUGAUUCACACAGACAACGCUCAUAUCUACAUUUGCGGGGAUGCGAGAAACAUGGCGAAGGAUGUGCAGACGGCUUUCCACGAGAUCGCAGAAGAACUGGGAGGCAUGACGCGCACCCAGGCCACAGAUUACAUCAAGAAACUGAUGACCAAGGGACGCUACUCACAAGACGUGUGGAGUUAAAAAGCCUCAAACCUAGCCUCUUUCUCAAGUCUCAAGUGGAUGUUUUUAAUCUUUUUCUUUCUUCUUUUUGUCAUGAGUCAAUUAUUUUGACUGAACGUAAAAGCAUUUAACACUUGUUCAUACUCACCCUGGUUCAUCAGCUAUAGGUAGCAGAGGAUCAUGAGACCUUGGUUUCUAUCAAACCCUACCUCAGCAGAUUUUUUUUAAAAUAAACCCAUUCAUCAAUUUAAAUCUUUAUUUUUUAUGUAUAUUACAUGAUAUUCCUGGACUACCAGUACUUGUCUGGUGUCUCCUCCUUAGCCAUGGUCCCACAGUCUAUAAAGAGACUUUGGCGUAAAUGAAUUAAACUGGUGUGGUUCGGCGUUUGACUGCAACUUUAGACGUGAGCGGAUUCGAUUUAGGAACCUGCUGGCUUUACGUCAAAUAAAAUGGCUUACGUCAAAUAAAAAAUCCUCAGAUGAGCAUAUAGUUAUCUUCAUUUCCAAUUAAAACUGUGCAGGUUGAGAGCUCAGAAAGCUUUAGACAUUAAUGGGUGCUCACAUUUGUGCUAGUUUCCCUCAGAGUUGAUCUUGUAUUAUUUUCAAUGCUUCAUGAAUUAAAUGUUAAAGAAAACUUCUGAGGAAAAAAUGUUUGGUGUAACAAACUGGCAUCAUAGGUACAAAACAUGUUGACCUUUGUAUUUUAACAAAGGGGUUUUGCCUUUUAUGCAUAAGCUACUGCUCACUCUAAUCAGUAGCAGUAAACUUUUGAAAGGCACAAAAAGUGAUGCAAAGGGGGAAAUCAUUUUUCAGAACGAUUGUAUUUUAUUCUGCCUGGUUUUAAACGCAAUCAAAGUGUAUUUGCAGGUGUUUUUAUUUUAAUGUUAUUUUUUUUCUUUUAUGUUUUAAUCCAGAUUCCAGGUCUGUCCUGUCAAAUAACUGUUGUUUCCUUUUUAUGCAUAACUGUCAAAUGAAGUAACUCUGGUAUUUGAGACCACCUUUGUUUUGGCAUUCUGUUUUUUUUUUUUUUUUUUUUUUUUUUUUCUUUAAUUCUGUCCUGUCACAUAUGCAAUAGGAAUGGGAUCAUGACCAAACACAGCAAAUAAUUUGUCUUGUAGCAUUUUUCAGUCAGUGCUCAUUCCACUACAUUUAUGUGAAUAAAAGGACUCUGAACAGUUCAGUACUUUCAGGUCAUUUCAGGCAACCAGUGAAAAUACAGCCUGUGCCUUUUUAACACUGCCUUAUGUAUUAGAUGAGCAUUAAAACCCAGAUGCUUCACUAACGUCUUUAAAUCCAUGAAGAAACCAUGGUAGAAAGUCAUACUCAUCUGAGACACUUUACCAAGCGUUGUCACUUUCUCAUUCCAUUGUUUGAUGUAAUUAUGGCAUGCCUUUUUUAAUUAAUAAAUUGGAAUAAUUUGCCA